CGGGGUGGGGCGCAGGGCUCGGAACGUCAAAGCCCUGCGUCCUCCGGCACCCAGAGCGGCGGAAAGGCGUGCGCGCGCGGAGGCAGCGACAGCGACGGCGACAGCAGCCCCAGCUGGAUGGGACGGGCAGCGUGAAGCUGACGUACAAAGCGAGUGAGGUGUGAGGUUGGCACCCGAGCCCGGGAAACACCCGCUCUGCGCGAACCGCGACGGACCAGACCCAGGUCCGGGUUUCCGAGGCCCCGCCUCUCGGGCUUUGGGACUAAUCGAAUUGAGAGCGCGCCUGUCCGGGCCGCGAACUCGCCAAUUGCGGAGGGCGUCGGCCGUCGCCCAAUCCGGAGCAGACAGGUGCGAGGUCCGGAAGGCGGGGGCCAAUCAGCAGUGGUUGCGGCCUAUUGGGGCAAGCCUCUGCCAAUGAGAAGGCCCGAGUGACAUCUUCGCGCGCCAAUCGGGAGUGAGGGAGCGUUCCUACCCGCCCGUCCUUCCGGCCUGAGCUCUAUUUACCAGGGGCGUGCUGCCGGCUUGCCAAUCAGAGCGCGGCUGAGCGGCCAGGCAGCCAACCCGGGAGGAGCGGCCGGCCGGCGUCUGCCGCACCCAGGAGUUGGGGAUGUCCUACAAACCCAUCGCCCCCGCCCCCAGCAGCACCCCUGGCUCCAGCACCCCUGGGCCCGGCACCCCGGUCCCUACAGCCGGAAGUGUCCCAUCGCCAUCGGGCUCGGUGCCGGGAGCCGCUGCCCCUUUCAGACCACUGUUUAAUGACUUUGGACCGCCCUCCAUGGGCUACGUACAGGCAAUGAAACCACCUGGCGCCCAGGGUUCCCAGAGCACUUACACGGACCUGCUGUCGGUCAUAGAGGAGAUGGGCAAAGAGAUCCGACCCACCUAUGCUGGCAGCAAGAGCGCCAUGGAGCGCCUGAAGAGAGGCAUCAUCCAUGCCCGGGCCCUAGUCAGAGAGUGCCUGGCAGAAACAGAGCGGAACGCUCGCACGUAACAGGACUAGACUCCACCUCAGCAUCUGGACCUUUCCUGGCCACUGCAGAGCACCUGCUUCUCCCUGGCCUUCACCCCGAGUUGCACUUCCCAUCCUGGGCUUCCUGACUUGUGUCCUCUGGUGGGUGCCCUCCAGGAACCAGUAGGCGGCUCUCACUCCAGUCGGCAGCACUAACUGAAACCCCUGAAAGAGUUAACAGCGAGGUCACUGUGAGUCCCAUCCAUGACCUGCCAACAGUGUUGAUCCAACUGGAGCUUUCUCCUUUCUGCGGCCCCCACCACUCAGCACUUACCCAGGACUUCUCACCACUUUCCCCAGACCCCUUUUACCCCAGCAGGGCCUCAGAAGGCCUGUUGCCUCCCUGCCUCAUCUCCUGGGCCAUAGCGACUCUUUUCUCAAUGUCUUUUGCUAAAAUGCCAUUUUUGUAUAAAUAAAAGAUAAUUUGGAAUUGUUCUCUCA